AUAAAUAAAAAAUUCAACCAGCUGGUGGAGAAAAGCCCCACAAAAAAGAAAGAAAAAAAUCAAUAAGCGUGUAAAAUUUGUAAACACGACAAGCCCUCUAAAAAGAUUUGGCCCCCUCUCACUUUUUGUCAGUGAACUGUGACCAAACCGUAAAAUCUAACCGACGACAAGCGUGACCACACAAAGUGAUCAGUGAUCAGUGAUCAGAGUUACACCUUUCAAAUGUUAAUACCAAAAUUGCCAGUGGCCAGUUUGGCCAUUACAACUAUAAUUAUUCUCAUAAUAGAUGCAGUGGCAGCUGCUUCUGGUCUUGGACAACCUGAAAUUGCAGUUGCUCCUCCCCCACAACCUCAAAAUCUGGACAUGCAUCAUCUGUCCAAGCGAAUGGAUCUGGAGGUCUGCAUAGGCCACUUUGAUGUCCAUAAGAAUACCAUUAUUCGUACGGGUGAAUCUCAGGCAAUUGGUGGCAAAUAUUUGCAAGGACUUGAAUUGGACACCAUUGAGGAAUGCGAGCGCUUGUGCUGUGAAACGGAUGCCUGUGAUGUUUAUAUUUUUGAACGUAAAUCUGGUGGCUAUUGUUAUCUCUUUGAGUGCGGUCCACCGGAGAAUUUCCAUUGCAAGUUCACGAGGCAUGCAAACUAUACGAGUGCCGUUCUAACGCCUCAGGUUCGGGAAACGGGAGCGGAAGUGGCCAAAAGUAGCACACCGAAACCUCAAUUGCCCCAUAUACCGAGCAAUAAUAUAUCGCAACAGGAAUGGGAAUUGACCAAUUUGAAGUUGAAGCCGGAAGUGAAAGAUAGCGUUAACAAUAACAACAACAACAAACCGGCAAUUGUUGCUGGCGGUUCAGUUGCUGUUGCAUCUGUUGCAGCACCAUCAACAUCAGGUGUGGUUCAGUCACCAAAUGUUGUUGUUGUUGCCCCAGUUCAAAGUGCUCCUCUUGGUCAUUGUGGACGAUUUCAAUUCACUUGUCAUUCUGGUGAAUGUGUCGCUAUUUAUAAUGCCUGCGAUGGUAUUCCCCAAUGUGAAGAUGGCAGCGAUGAGGGACCAGAAUGCAAUGCCAUUUCAUCAAGUGCCACCAAAGUGAGCAAUAAUAACAAUAAUUUGGAUAUGCCCAAGCCCAUAGUAGUCCAACAACAACAACAACAAUAUCAGCCAUUGCAGUCUAGUUCCGUCCAGCAGCAACAGCAACAACAUCAAGUACUUAUCUUAGGUCCACCACCGCCACCUCCACCCCCACCUCCAAGGGUUAAUAAUCGUGAAGAUGCCGCUGCAUGGACUAAUCGCAAACUAAUUGUCGAUGGACAACAACAACAGCAGCAACAGCAGGGCGAAAUUCUGAAUGCAGAUGAACAAAGUCACAUAUUUAAUCACAAAGGCGGCCUGCAAUUGCAACAACAGCAACAGGCAGCAAUUGGACAACAGAUCCAAGGCCAGGCACUGGGACAGGGUCAGGGUCAGGGUCAGGGGCAAGUUGUUCAGGUUCAACCCGGGCAAAUGCAAUUGUCCAGUUAUAAUAAUAAUCAGAAUCUUGGUGCAAGUUCUGUAUAUGGAAUGUCAGGAGUUUAUUUAACGCCACCGCAGCAGCAACAACAACCAUCACAACAACAGCAACAACAACUUAAACCAGCUGCCUUGCAACCGCUGCCUUCAAAUAUUGUAGCCUGGCCGAAGCCAGUUCAAAUUGCGGCACAUCAACCACAGCAACAAUUGCUGGUGCCGCAACAGCAACAACAACCACAGCAAAGUCAAACCUAUGCGGUUGUUCCUCCUCCUCCACCACCACCUCCUCCACAGCAACAACAACCGCAACAAUCCAUGUUGCCAGUUCUAAAUUCAGCUCCCACACAUGACAAGGGUCAAUUAGCUGACGAUGAAUACGACUACGAUGAGGAAGAAAAGUCAACGGAAGCGCCCAAAAAGAAACAACGUAAGCACAAAAAAAUCAAAACAAAAACCUCCAAAGAUCCCAUUGAGCUGGCCUUGGAACAGAAUAAAGAGCAACAUCAGCAGCAGCAGCAACAACAACCAUUGCUGCCAGCUCUGCCAGUGCCUGUUGCUCCCGUGCAUGAGCAAUACAAAGCGAUACACGAGAAUUUGGCUCUGGAGUUUCGCGAUCAUGAUGGUCACUCAGAGCGACCUGGCGGUGCUGUUCUCUCUCUGACCAUGGGUCUAUUGGUGACAGCAGCUCUGGCCAUACUCAUCGGUUGCCGCAUGAGGACAGUUGGCCGUCGGGCCCGACGAGUGGGCGGCAAGAGUCCCUAUUCACAGGAGGCUGAUUUUCUAGUCAACGGCAUGUAUCUGUAGACAUGGCUAAAAUGGGGUUCGAAAUGGGGCUAAAAGUGUUGUUUAUGUUUUUCCCUAUGUCGUUUUUAUGUGUGUCUGUGUGUGCGUGCGUGAGAAAUGUUUUUCCGGGGCGGGUAAUUUCAGUGUCAGUGCAUUACUAUAAACUGACCAUUAACAUAUACGAUUAUAAUAGUCUAAUGGAUAAACAUAUUUUAUAUAAA